UUCGUGGAGAGCUACGAAAUCGAACAUGCAUCCAAGUUCAAAUUGAGUGUCAAGCUUGGAAUUCAUUCUGGAUCUGUUGCUUCUGGAAUUCUAGGAAGUACUGCUCCAAGAUUUUGCAUUUUCGGUGACACCGUAAACAUGGCGUGUCGAAUGGCAAGUUUAGGUGAACCGAAUAAAAUCCAGAUGACUGAGAACAUUGCUCAUAAAAUACGAACGAAUUACCCAGGAUUCAUCAUCGAAGAACGCGGAUCUGUCAAUGUUAAG